GUUAUGCAUGUGCAGCUUCGGUGCCGCUUUCAGGAAAGCCAGCCUCUCCACAACAAGCCGUGGCUCCUGGACUUGCCUCAGGGCUGCUCUUGCCCAGCCUCUGCACCGCACUUCGUGAUUGAAGGUACCUUCGCCAAGGCUUCCGUCGUUGCUUUCGAUGCCCGCUGCAAGUCUUCUGCCGUUGCCGUUUUCGGGGAAGCUCCCGUUCCUGGGCAAAGCGUGGCCUCCUACUCAGCCAGGUAUCCCAUUGCACUGAUGCAAAGGAUGGCAGCUGGCAGCCUGGCUGCUAGCCGCGGCGGCGGAUGUUCUCUGCCUUUGAGUGCUCAGUUUUGCUCCCUGGCUCUGGCGUCCGAGCUCGCUGCUUCAGAGCUAGAGCCCGGGCCUUCGCGCUGCUUUCAUGAAGAUCCCGAGUGGAUAGGCGAGCUGGUCGACAGCCUCUGCUUCAAGGAAGUGCUCAGGUACAAGUUCCGCCGGCCCGGGCACAUAAACGUGUUGGAGGCCCGCAUGUACAAAACUUUCUUGAAACAUGCCGCUAAGCACCGCCCUUGCUCCAGGGUCCUGGGCCUGUUGGACAGUCGGGUCACUCUCGGUGCUGCCGCUAAGGGGCGCUCCUCUAGCCCUGCGCUUUGCCGCGUUUUGCAAGGUUCCUUGCCAUACCUCCUUGGUGGUGGCCUUUACAACGGCAAUUUGCAUGUGUAUUCCGGGCAGAACCGCUCGGACGGGCCUUCCCGUGGCAGGCCUGUUGACGCUCCGACCAAGGGGCUGCCACUUUGGUACUCCGACCUGCUUGUGGCAAGACCUAUCGGCUUUUUGCUCUGGGCGGUGAGUAUCGCACGCGCCCUGCUUUGUGCCCGAGCUUUGGUCAUCCCCAUGGUCUGUGGCCUGUGUGCAUUCACCUGCUCUGCCCCUGCGCUGGAUGGAGAGUGCGCCAACGGCGUGCGCGACGGCCUUGGACCCCUGCAUCUCACACAUGGACCUGAACCCGUGUAUCCUGCUGACCCGUACCUUUUUGUUUACGCCGUAACGGCGGUGCAGGAUACCUGUCCGGCCUUCCGAACGCAGCUCACGCCUGCUUGGCAAGUGGACAACAAGUGGCAGCACGCAGAGCCGGGUGAGUGCCAACCGGUCAUGUCGGCUCCCAUAGUCGAAGCUAUGGUUGCUGUAGCCUUGGCCUGGCAAUGGCCCCGCUUCGCCAGUACCCUGCUCAUAGGGUUCCUUUGCAUGCUGCACCCGUCCGAGUACUUGAACCUCACCCGAGGUGACCUGAUUUUGCCAGCCGACGCUUUGUCGUCUGACAGGAUCGCCUAUGUGCAUGUUCGAAACCCAAAGACCGCCAGGUUUGCCAGGCGGCAACAUUGCCGUCUAGAGGACGUUUCUGUCCUGCGCCUGCUUGAAAGCCUUUUUGGCUCCCUGCACUUCGAUUCCAAAAUCUACCCUGGAUCAAAGGCCACUUUUCGAAGCCAAUGGAAUGCCAUUAUGAAGCAGCUUGGGGUUCCUUACAAGAAGCUAGAUAAAGGUGUGACUCCCGGGGUCCUCCGCGGCAGCGGUGCAACCUACCUCUAUCUAGAGACGGAAGACUUGAGCCGCGUGGCUUGGCGCGGAAGGUGGGCCAGGCAGAAGACCGUGGAAUUCUACUUGCAGGAAGUGGCAGCGCAGGUGAUCCUGCAACGGCUUCCCGAAGCCUGCCGCCAAAAGAUCAUUGCUCUAAGACCGCUGGCAGCCAAACUUGUCCAGCUCUACACCAACCGGCCGGCCACUCCUGCCAAUCUUGGGCAGCUCACGAACAACAAGUCUUCGCAGGCGACAAAAAGGCCGGCCACUCCUGCCAAUCUUGGGCAGCUCACGAACAACAAGUCUUCGCAGGCGACAAAAAGGACUCUGCAACAGCAGCUGCUCAGUGAUUACAUCGAGCCGGGGCUGGUUGAAGCUGAGCGUGCGGAGCUGGUGGACGAGUCCGCGCAGCGCCAGCAAGCCGAGGCUUGCUGCAAGCGUCUGGCGCAAGCGCUUCAAGGGGCGAUUACGCUCAUUUGCGAUGAGCUUCAGCUCUCGUCCUUGUUCUAG